AUGGCCAUGCCUGACGAGGAGGAAUUGGCGGUGCCAGCUCCGAUCUUCAGCGUCACCUGCGCCAAUGACAAGGAGAAGUUGGGGCUGCCAGAUGCCCACGAUCCGGUAACAGGCCAAGGACGAUGGCUCUAUGAGGGCCGCUUGGGAGAGGGCGGCCUGGCGACGGUGUUCCGGGCCUGGGACUGCAAGGGCCACUUGGGCAAAGUGGCCGUGAAGGUCUUGAAGAAGCAUUCCAAGGCGCACGCCCGCCAUGCCUUUGCCAUGCAUCGGGAAAGCCAGUGGUCAUUGACGCUGCUGCACAACAGCAAAGAUCCCAGGUACUCUGCACCUCAUGCGCAGCUCUUUGCUAGGUAUCUGGAGGACCACACGGGCUUCUCGGAGCUGGGCCCCGAGGACUUCAACCAGCGGCGCCGCUUCUUCGAGCACCCGGACUUCGACUGGUACAAGCAGCGUGUGGACCUACCAGCAAGGCCAUACGUUGUCAUGGAGCUGGUGAAGGGGGAGACCCUUCAGAUUGCCAUGCCUGCCAUGUCUGUGUCGGAGAAACGCGAGGUAGUGCUGCAAUGUGCCACUGCAUUGGAGUACCUGACUCGCUUCCAAUUGAUUCACCGUGACUUUCGAGGGUGCAACAUGCACCUUCUGGCACGGGAGAAUGGGACUGCAAAGUGCCAGCUCAAGAUCCUGGACCUGGGGGUGAUGAUUUCUUCAGAGGUUGGUAUGGAGGAGAACCGCAACAUGGCGGUGCAGGCCUUUCGCCGGCGCGGGGACACCGAGGAGAAGCGAAAGAGAUAUGACUGGCUUCCUUGGGAGGUUCGCGACGCCUGUGACGAUGUGCAGGGCCCGGUGCGGAACUUUCAGCAGCCAGGUCACAGCUUCGAUAUCUUCUCUUUGGGAGUGAUAGUUCUUCACCUUUUGGUGGGCAAGACAAAGGCUAGAUUGGUGCUGGACGACCUCAAAGAUCAUCCAGCGAUGAUGCUGGAUGCCAGCAGCAUCGGCGUCUCCAAGCAGCUCCUGGGCAGCUUGCUGGCUGAGGCGGCCCGCCGGCCGAAGCCCGAAAAGGUGGCGGCUGCUGUGCUGCCGCCUGCAACUCAAGCUCCAGUGGAGGCUGUGGCUGCACCGGUGCCAGGGACCCGCGACAAUAGCCACACCACAACCAGAAUGGAGGGCAGCAGUGAUGAAGAGGAAGCGGCAGAAUGUGCAGCGCCCGCAGCAGAAGCUGCAAAGCAGUCGGCACAAGCGGCUGAAGGGCAAGUGGCAGCACAAGUUGAGCAGCCAGGUCAGAACGAAGGCGUUGAGCAGAGCACUCAGGUCGAGCGUCCAGCGGCUUCAGAAAAGCCAAAGGUUCGAGCUCCUGAAGAGGAUGAGAAGCCCAGACAGCAUGCCGAGAGCCCGCGCAACGACAUCAAGAUCAAAGGCAAAGUCGACAGCAGAAGCAGAAGCCGGAGCGGGCACAAGGCAAGAAGUCGCAGCACUGCUUCCAAAGGCAGAAGCCGAAGCAGAAGCGCGAGUCAGCGCAGAAGGAAACGACAUAGUAGAAGCAGAGGCAAACGCAGGAGCAGACGCAGAAGCAGAAGCAGGAGCAAACGCAGAAGCAGGAGGACAAACGCAGAAGCAGAAGCAGAAGCAGGAGGAAUCGCAGAAGCAGAAGCAGGGGCAAACGCAGAAGCAGAAGCAGGAGCAAACGCAGAAGCAGAAGCAGGGGAAAACGUAGAAGCAGAAGCAGGAGCAGACGCAGAAGCAGAAGCAGGAGCAAACGCAGAAGCAGAAGCAGGGGCAAACGCCGAAGCAGAAGCAGAGGCAAACGCCAAAGCAGCAGCAGGAACAAAGGAAAACGCAGGAGCAGAAGCAAAGGAAGCGACAAAAGAAGCCAAAGCAAAGAAAACAAGAGAAUCGGCAAAGGCAUGGAGAAUGCUAAGAAAGAGACGACCAACAGCCUCAGCCAAAGCAGGACCCUUCCAGUGCCUGGCGUGA